AUGAUACCUCUCAUUUUCAUUCUUCAGAUGCUGCUUUGUUCCCUCAAACUGGCCGACGACAUAACGUUCAUCCUUGCUGUUCUUCUGUGGCUUAUAUUUGGCGGUCACCAAUGGCUCGUAGUAUCAUCUUGGCUACAACCUCCGGUGCAGUGCGCACAAGCACAACUGGUAGAUGAGAAAUCCGAGAAGCAAUUCGUACUGGCUGAAACGUCUCAACAACACUGCACCGUCGACGCCGCAUCUUUCGUUCCCCUGAGUUGCUCUCCCAUUGUCAUUCUUAGCAUUGCUCCUCGUGGUUCUGAUGGGGAAAAAACCGUAUGGCGCCGCUCCGCUGUCGCUAAUGUUAUUGAUGACACAGCUGCUGCAAGUCAUGCAGUCACAGCUACGUCUGACCUUACAGGUCCCAAGUCUGCAUUGCUUGAGCGCAACGAUAGGGUCGAGCAUGACGGGUCUGCUGCCUCAGAUGAAUGUCACUCCAUUGUCUUUGUCGACACGACUCUUAAAAACCACUUGAAGCUACGCACAGCUGAGGACCCAGUAGCUAGCUCUUCAUCUUUGGGUCAGACGGCUAUUACGGAGCCCAUGAAUGAAACUGCCCAUGGGACGACACGGACUGCCACGAGCGUUUGUGUCAACAUUUUAGCUGCGACCAUUCAAGAGCACGCGCAUGCUAUCAGUAUACUCACCAAUCUGCACAACGUUGUUCAAGUUCAGGGUAGUACUGCUUGCAAAACUACAUCUGAUAUCCCAUCUGGGUCUGAGGGUGGUCUGAUGCCAACUACAUCCGAAUUUCCGGGUGGUAGCUCUACGCGCCCUAGCUCUGAGGAUGGUGGUGUCGUGAUAGAUGAGCGUCUUGGGGACGACGACGACGACAACCACGUUGUGAACAUCGGUACGGUAGAAGGCCAAGCCGAUCUUGAACUGUGCCUCAAGCAUCACACGAUAGUCAGCCCUGUUGAGGUGGCUCGUUUGAUGGAAGCACAUGACAAUCCCACAUUCUGCGAAGGAAGAUUGGACAAUGUACGGCGAGAGGCUCUAUAUCGACGAUACCGAAGUGUUAGGGACUUCUACAAUCAGGAUGAGACAGCAUCAGAUUUCACUGGCCUGGCGUCAUGGCCCGACCGAUCUGUUUCUGGAGACGAGAAAGACAUCUAUGGUAUGCUCGGGCAGGGUUGGCAUUACCUCUCGUCUCAGAUGCAGCAGUACAUUGUCAACAAUGGUUUUCGAGAACUAAUCAGGAUUCGUGAUGGCAUCACAGGGUUGAAUUUAUUUUCAACUCAACUGGAGCUAGCGUGGCACAGAAACAACCCUUUGAUGAUGAAUGGGGGCUUGCCACAAGUUACUGAUAUCAAGGACGUCUACAUCUGUCAGAUAUCCAAGACUCGUAGCCACCGAACACCCUAUUCCACUAGUUCUAGAGCGUGCAGCGGCUUUAGUUUGAACCAUAGACAAUAUUUGACGGAUGAGCAAGAAGUGCUAAUCAAUCAGGGCUCCGUCGAAUACAUUGAAGAGACUGCAAACGCUAAGAUCUCAGGAAGGCUUCAAGAUCUUCGAGCUAGCUCCAGGCAUGGACAGGCGCAGCUCGACAAUCCAGUACUGGGGUGGCUUGAUGGCAUGGAACGCGUUGAGCAGUUCGAUGCCAACGAUUGUUUGCCAUGCAACUGUGGUAGAAAGGCCAUGCACGACCAGCUUCGGUUUCGGUACACGGCUGAGCCGGGUUAUAAUCCUAGCCAGUAUGCUUAUGCCGCACCCGAGCCUGGCUUUCUCCUGGACGAAGCGCUCGAGCUAGAUCGCAGAAAAAAGAUGCUAGAUGCCAGCUACUAUGGUCCUGCAGUGGGAUUCCCACGGAGCCAGUCUGUGGCUCAGAUCUGCGACCUCCACGCGAUCCCAUCUAACAACCUCUGGAUUCUGGUCGAUGAUUGCGUUGAAGACGCUAACAAAUGUCUUUCUGAUGCAACCGGGGACUUGCCUGUGCCUGGCUUCGUCAAUCUCCAGAGGUAUCCGCAUGGCUUCCGCAUUCCUCGUGGGUUUUUGGAGGUUGAGCGUGAUGAGCUUCCCCCUCGCUGCAAGCACGGCUACUUGCAUCCACCUUUCGCUGACCACUGCAACCGUUGCUUUCCCAACGGCGAGCACGAAAAUUGUCCAGAGUGCGAUACACACGGCGUGGCGCGCGAAAUUGAGCGCGAUCCAAGCAUGGAGGCCGAGUAUGAGAUUGCGUGGGAACAAUAUGAUCAGGGACAGCUGACACUUGCUAGCAAGGCAAUUGUUGAGUGA